AUGUUGUUCUUCAGCUUCUUCAAAACCCUCAUCGACCACGAGGUCACGGUCGAGCUCAAGAACGACAUCCAGAUCCGGGGCGUGCUCAAGAGCGUCGACCAGUUCCUCAACAUCAAGCUCGACAACAUCCAAGUCGUCGAAGAGCUCAAGUAUCCGCACCUGAGCGCGGUCAAGAACGUGUUUAUCCGCGGGUCUGUGGUCCGUUACGUUCACCUGCCCCAGGAGAGCGUGGAUAUUCAGUUGUUAGAGGAUGCCACGAGAAGAGAGGCGGCCAACCAGGCGACUAAAGCUAAGCAGGGUUGA